CACGCGCCCCGAAGGUGUGUCUCGAUUAUCCGGCGCACCUUUUAUGAAAUUCCACCUGUAUUUCUAGUUUCUAGUCAGUUGUAGCUGUUGUGACAAGCAGCGAAUACCCUCGCAUCAGAAAAUGGCGACGUUCCAUCCAAAUCCCAAUAUUCAAGCAACAGAGCCAUGGAUUGAACACGCUGCACUUCCGGGUCAUCCAUUUCGGGUUUGGCACGUGGGCAUGUUUUGUCUGGCGGGUUUUAUUGCCGCAGUCAUUUUGGUGUGUUGCUGUGUCAAACUACGAAUACCGCGCACGAAACAGGAAAUCGAAGCGAAUUACCAUCGCAAGAAACUGGUUUCGAAGUUUAAGGCGAGGAUCAAGCUGAUUCAGAAUCAGGAUAUGGACGAAAUGGACUUGAAGAAAGCCAUGGAUAUCAUCCAAGAUGACUACCGCAAUGAGAGCCGCCAUAUUGAAUUACUUUCUGCGCAUUGCAGCACGGCGGAUAUUGGACCAACCCGACGCGGCAUAGGCAACUUAUUUAGUUUAAUCAAAUUCGGGCGUAAUAUCCAUCCGAACAUUACACAUUCUUAAACAUCACGCACCGUCAUUUUUCAAACAAUUUUAUUCAUCACAACUAUCAGUAAGUAGAAACCAUCGCGUUCCAUUUCUAGAUGGUUUCUUCACAAAUGCGCAUUCCUAGCGUGUACGUGUCCUAGGUUAGGUAAAAUUAUCAACAGUAGAAAAUUACAUUCCGGGUGAAUUAUAGCAUCAAUACGAUAAUUAUAAGAGGAAGCACUCAUUAUUUACAAAUUAGUUUUAAAGGAAUUGCAUGCGAUCAUGAUUGACUCUUUGCAGCACAAUAAUACACUAAAAUUAAUACUCAUACUCGUACAAUUAUUAAUAAUAAAAUUCGGUCUCGUGAUUGUUUAUCGUUAUUUUUGGUGUCAAACCGCAGCUCUAUGUACAUGUAAAAUGUAAAUUGUAGAAAAUCGUUGAAGGAAUAAAAUAGAAACAAGA